AUGUCGAACCAACUCUCGGACCCCGGGUCGAGCGUCUACGACUCGGCCACGAUGCAUGUGGGAGAUGGCACAUGGGACUCGCAGCGCAACACUUUUCUGCUGCCCAACUUGCAAGCCCCGAACUUUGAGACGAUGCGAUUGAAUGGCAUGGGCAAUCGCUUCCGCAGCAUGGCCAGCUACAAGGCUCUCAUCAUAGCCCACGGUGUAUUAGCAGUCAUUGCUUUCCUAUUCGUAAUACCGGCAGCUAUCUUUAUGGCUCGCUUCUACCAUCGCAACCCACGAACCGCCUUGCGAGUCCACAUCUGGUUGCAGGUAGCAGCAGUCCUACUCUCGACUGCUGCCAUCGUCUGCAGCUUCCAAGCUGUUGGCCUCGAGAGGUCUCUGACCAACCCUCACCACGGCAUCGGCGUUGCGCUGUACACUCUUGUUAUGGUCCAAUUCCUUGGUGGCGCUCUCAUUCAUAAAUUAGAAAAGGGCAAGGAGCGAUUCAAGAUCCCUCUUAAGCUUAUGGUUCAUCAAUGGCUAGGCCGCACUAUCGCACUGCUUGGACUUGCUCAGAUCCCACUUGGCCUGACACUAUACGGAUCACCACUGGCCUUGUUCAUCCUUUUCGCAGUAUGGACUUUCAUCCUAGUCAUCCUCUACUUCGUCCUUUCCUACAGGACCCAGCCCGAGAUGGACUUUGAUGACCGUAGCACCUACAUCACCGACCGCUCAUACAGUACCAGGAUAAGUCGACGCACGAGCAGAGGCCCUGGCGCUGGAAAGCUUGCAGCUGCGGGAGCAGCCGGUGCAGGAUUAGCUGCGCUGGGGUCAAGAAGAUCUCGAAGCCGCACCCGCAGCAGGCACGGUGGCACAGUUCUGAGUUCCCGACCCGACUCUCGGUCCCGCCGUGAUUCCCGCUCUCGUGUCGCCGACUCUGAGUUCACUGAAUCGUACUUGAGCGAUGAGAAAUACCGUGCCGAUGGCAACAAAGGUUCCACAUGGAAGGACAAGCUCCUAGGAGUUGGCGCUGCAGCUGGUGGUAUUUUCGCCGUCAAGAAACUAUUCAAUCGCAAACCAAAACAUCCUCCAACCGAGACAGGGAGCGACUUCAGUUAUAGCCGCCCAUUGGGACCAUCCGAAGUCACUCAGACAGAUAUCUCCAGGCUCGAGGAAGGAAGGGCACCCGAAUCUCCAGCAAACCGUCGAAACGACUGGCGUCGAGACAACCCACAAGCAUCGGCUUUGUCUGGAAGUGCUAUGCGACCUGGUCACCGCACAAAUGGAAGUGUUACCUCCAUCGACUCUUUCGAUAGCCGGACAAGCCUCAGUGAAGAAACUGAGAUGAGGCCUAGGGAUCGGCAGUAUGGACUAAAGGAGGGUGUCGCUACGAUGGGAGUCGUCGGUUUUCUGAAGCAUUCUCUCAGCAAACGCAGCAAGAAGAAGGAAGACGACCGCGUGGAAGAGAUGAGACAACAAGAUCUGGAAGAGGAACGGGUCGCCCGCAUGAACAGCCAACGCCGCAAGAAGUACACGGGUGAUGGAGCACCUCCAAGGAGAGGCCAUAGACCGCCGUCCACCAUUCUGUCUGAGAGCGAUAUGACCGGUAUCACGCCCUCAGUAGCGCAGCGCCCAUCUCGCCCCAUGGAUUCUACCGUCACGCCCAACCCCAGUCGUCCCCCUCGCGCCGGUGUCUACAGUGUCCUGUCAGAUUCCGGUUCCGAAGCCUAUGACUCACCGGGAGGCCGUCACCACAGCCGACGCCGCACGGGAGACGCUCCAAUAAUACCCGCCGGUGCGGCAGCGGCAGCCACAGUCACUUCUGCCGGCUCACCCACCAAACGGGAACGCCGCGGCAGCAGAGACGACGUGGCCUCCCCUCCCGUAUCCGUCAAAGUCAAGAUGCACAACGACGGCCGCCACGUAACCCUCCGCCGCCUCAACGAAGAAGAAGCCGCCGCCGAACGCGAAGCCCGCCGCCGCGAACGCCAACGCAAAAACCGCGCCGGCAGCGUAAGUUCCAUGAGCGGCGUCGGCGGCGACCGCUGGCGCAGAACCGAAGCCAUGGAAGCUGCUCAAGCCGCGGAAAUGGCUCAACAGUCUGGUGGUGGUGCUCCUCCUCCUCCUAUGCCCAUGCCUAGUUCGAGCACCUUGCGCAUGCCUGAAGCUAGUAUUCCCCCGCCUCCGCCGGGCCCUCCUCCCAUGUUCGGUAAUGGCCAGCAACAGCAUCUAGCGCCUGAUCAGGCUGGCUUCCCUCCUCCGCCUCCUAUUCCGGCUGCCGCGGAUACGGUGCUGAGUAGUCCGGAGGAGAAGGAGGGCGGAAAGGGCGCAGGCUAA